AAAGGUGCUACAAAAUGUAUGACUCACAAAAUGCCUAAUAACACACUGCUAAAAGCCAUUCAUAUUAUACAUGUAAAUUCUUUGUUAGUUGUAGUAUGACACUCUGCAACAUUGUUUCAUGAAUACAAAUUGGCAAUAAAGUCGUACGGAGAAAAAGCACGUGAGCGUAAGAAGCCCAGUCUGCGCAUGCGCAAUGCGAACAGAUUUGGAAACAAACUGCUGCGCCACGGCAGUGCUAAAAUGUAUCCACAUAGUUGUCAGAUUUUAUUAUCAGCGCGAUGCUAAUGUAGCUUGUAAACAACACUAGAUGUGGUGAGUGUGCGUUUCUCCAAGCAGUCGUCUUUGACCCUCUCAUCAUGGCACAGCCUGCGGAGAAAGGUUAUUAUCGCUUUUUGGUGCUUUUCUUCAACUGCAUGUUGACAUUCGGCUCCUACUUCUGCUUCGACAUCCCCAGUGUUCUGCAGGAUCAGUUUCAAGGGAACCUGACAUGUCCCAAUGCGACAGUGAUAAAUGGGACAUUGGCCUGUGUGGUGGGCUUGGGGAUGACCCCUCAGCAGUACAAUCUUCUUUAUGCUAUCUAUGCGUGGACGAAUGCUGUAGUGGUGAUCCUAGCUGGCUUCCUCAUUGACAAAUUGGGCAACCGCUUCGGGGUGUUCCUUUUCUCCUUUUUGUGUGUUUUGGGCUCCUCUUUGUUUGCCCUGGGUUCCCACUUCAGAGGAACUCCCUACCUGCUGCCGCUCAUGCUCACAGGCCGACUCCUGUUCGGAUCGGGCAAUGGAUCUCUGACCAUCGUUCAGAACCGCAUCACUGCCUUCUGGUUCAAGGGGAAGGAACUGGCCUUAGCUUUUGGGCUGACCUUAGCAUUCUCUCGCCUGGGGUCCGUCCUCAACUUCUUCUUCACGCAGAGGUUUGAAGAAAACUUUGGCAUGCAGUGGACUCUCUGGGGCGGUGCUCUCUUGUGUGUGCUGGGCUUUAUGUCUGCCAUCAUAGUCAGCACUCUGGACAAGGUGGGAAUGAGGCAGCUGGGUCUUGAUGGUGCCAUCCGGGAGGAGUCUCGCAAAGUGAGAAUUCAGGAUGUAAAACUGCUGUCACUGAGAUACUGGCUGCUGGUUCUCACCAUCAUGUUCUUUUACAACGGAAUCUUCCCCUUCAUUGCUGAUGCCAGUAAGUUCAUUCAGGACAAAUACACUGACUACUCUCAGAAGGAGGCGGCGUACGUUGCCGGGGCCGUUUACGACAGCUCACUCGUCCUCUCAGCCAGCGUCGGCAUUCUCAUAGAUUACGUGGGUCUACGGGGUAUUUUUGCCGUGGCCUGUGCCUUGUUCACACUGCCCGUGUUCGGACUCCUAGCCUUCACCUUCGUCCCUCCUCUGGUGUCCACCAUCUGGCUGGGAGUCACCUACUCCUUUGCUGCUGCAAGCAUGUGGCCGUCGAUUCCUCUCGUGGUGCCUCAAGCCACCAUCGGCACAGCUAUGGGCCUUGCUACCUCUAUCCAGAUGAUCGGGAUCGGCAUCUCCAAUCUGGUUGUCGGGCAGAUUUUGGGCACUAAAACAAGUGACACUAAGAUUCCACUGUGGCGGUGGCAGAGGAUGAUGAUCUUCAUGUUGGCCAACACCAUCUGCUGCAUCGUUACCUCAGUGCUGCUUAACAUUAUCGAUCACAGACAGGGUGGAAUGCUGAACAAGAUGACCAAAAACUCAGGACAGACUGGGGGAGAUUCUGACAGAGAGCCACUCACACAAAGAGAGGAAGAGGAAAGUGAGGAUGAGGGAGAUGAAGCACCCCCAUCUCGCUCUAUCAACUCAUGACUUCAACCCCAUGAGUUUUUGUCAAGUUUGACCGUUUUUUUUUUUUUUUUAUACCGCCUUUUUUAAUCGUGAUGCCAGUUUUAGAGGGAUUUUUAUGUGUUGUCAUCUUCGUUUUAAUAUUCUGGCAUUUUAAGACAACUGUUUAUUAUCAUGGCCAAUUAUUUUAAUGUGUACUUAAAGGGAUAGUUUGGAUGUUUUGACAUGAAGUUGUAUGACAUCCCCAUCAGCAAUGUACUACAGCAACAGUGACUUACCCCCUCAAUUGGUCCCGUGAGCCCAGUUCUGGUCGGAGAUCCUUGACGAGGAACAUAGUUCCGCUUACGUACUGGGGCCAUUUAAGUAAAGACUUUGGCUUCUCAAAAAAAUAUGCGCUCAAAAGAGUAAUACAUUUGUAUCACUGAAAUGCCUCCUCAAAAGAAUCAGACCUCAGACCUGCGUCUCCCACCGUAUCCCUGCGGCUGUUGCCUGCGCCACGGCCAUCUUGUUUACGUGUGUGUUCCACAGCAGAAGAAGAUGCGAGCGUCUUCAUCACAUACACAAGAAUGGAGAGGCGACAGUGCGCAAGGAUAUGGCAGGAGACAAAGAUAACGCAGAGCGAUUUCUGAGGUCUGAUUUUUUUCGAGUAGGCAUUUUUACGGCGCAAAUGUAUUGCUCUUUUAAACACAUAUUUUUUUGAGAAGCCAACGACCAGAACUGGACUCGCGGAAC